AUGGAACUUGCUGGGAACGAGUUCGAUAGGAUGCUAUUCUUCGAGCACGCUCGGAAGACCGCCGAGGCCGCCUACGCCAACAAUCCUCUCGAUGCCGAGAACUUGACGAGGUGGGGUGGAUCUCUGUUGGAGCUGGCUCAGUUUCAGAGCGUUGCAGAUUCUAAGAAAAUGAUUCAAGAUGGAAUGAACAAGUUUGAGGAGGCGUUGUUGAUAAACCCCAAGAAGCAUGACACCUUAUGGUGCUUGGGAAAUGCUCAUACGUCAUUUGCAUUCUUAACCCCCGACGAGGAGGAAGCAGAUGUAUAUUUCAAGAAGGCAGCUGCCUACUUUCAGCAAGCUGUUGAUGAGGAUCCAACCAAUGAGUUGUACCUCAAAUCUCUAGAAGUGGCUUCUAAGGCACCAGAUUUGCACGCGGAGAUCCAUAAGCAUAGUUCAAUAGGCGGUCAGCCAAUUGAGUUCAACAAACCUGACACGGGAGGACCUUCCACCUCAACAAGCACAAGGGGUACGAAGAAGAAGAAUAAGAACAACGAUUUUACUUACGACGCAUUCGGGUGGGUAAUUCUGGCUGUUGGGAUUGUCGCCUGGAUCGGGUUCGCUAAAUCCCAGAUGCCUCCCGCCCCUCCACCAGCUCCCCGGUAA